GUGUUGGAUCUUCUGAAUGGUAAAGAGUAUGAACCAAAGUCUCCACACAAAGCCUUCACCGCUCCUCAAGGUGACCUGGCGAGUCUGGACGUGCAGGUGAAGCAGCAGGUGUGUCACGCGCUGGAGAGUGAAGGAUGCUGGGAAAACCUGGCUCACAGUUUGAGCCUCGGGAUCCUCAACAUGGCCUUCAGGCUGAGCCCCUCCCCCGCCAAAACCCUGCUGGACAGCUACGAGGUGUCAGGUGGGACGGUGCAGGAUCUACUCGCUGGUCUGAGGUCAGUCGGAGAGUGCAGAGCGCUGAGCGUCCUGGAGGAGGCGCUGCGUAACCACGACGACACUCAGCUGACCAAUGAGAGCGGAGGUGAGGUUCAGGUGCAGGAUGUGAAGGCGGAGGUGCAGAUCGACAGCGGGGUGUGUGACAGCGGAGUGGAGCUCUCCACAGCCUGAACAUCCAUCCCAUAAUCACAAACCAUCCACUCAUCAGGAAGCUUUUUAACAAACUAUUUUUUAAUGAAAUGUGUUUUUAAACCUGUUGACAGAAACUCAAGAUGUAUUGAUGGCACUCCAACAACCAAAGAAUGUACAAUAAGAAAAUAUCAGGAUUUGAAUGACUUGAGGAUAUUUAGGAUCAUGUUCAGAGACAGACCGGGGACAUCAGACGGAGGGUUUAGUUUCAGGGGAAAGGUGCUAUAACUAGAGAGAUGAUUGUAAAGACAUGUUUGAAUAUAUAACUCUCACAUGUGUUAAUGUGAAGGGAUGCUGGUGUGAUUCCUCCUCAGCAGACCGGCUGGGAAUGAUCUGUUUAAAGAGUCCCGAGUAAAAAUGUCCAGUUUGAGUUCAAAUGUUGUGCCCACAUUUAUGUUGAGAUUUUAGGAUUAUUCCCUUUUUAGAUAUCACAUUUAUUAUCCCUGAUUAUGGUGACCAGGUGCCAACAAGCCACAUGGGGGGAAGAAGACGUGUAGUGCGUUGCUAAGAGCUACUUUAGAUUUUAAUAUAAUGUCUGUCCAACCCCUAAAAUAAAUGGUGAAUGGACUGUUCUUAUAAAUCUCUUUAUCAGGUGUUCUCGACCCCUCAAAGCUUUACAUUACACACACACACACACACACACACACACACACACACACACACACACACACACACACACACACACACACACACACACACACACACACACACACACACACACACACACACACACACACACACACGACGAACGCACCAGCGACUACACUUUUAAGUAAACACAUGUCUCUGCUGAUUAAUUGACAUCUGAGGCAGCCAAUGGGCAUCGCCCUCUCUUGUUUUAUAAAAAACGUUGGAUAAAAGCGGAUAAAAGCCACGUUUCAGAUGGGCGACUGUCAAUCAAAUGCAGGAUAUCGACUAUUUGUGGGACACCCUAUGUCUGAUAUGAACUGGAGUGUAUCUGUCCGUAUGAAUAGGAGGAAUCAUUACAACACAUAUUCACUUAUAAACAUGUGGAAAUGAAAAUGACUUUAAAACAUUGAAAUCUGUCUUUUAGGUGUAAAGAAAAAAAUGUUUAGUUUUUUUGGCCCAUUUAUUUUCUGUCUGUUUCACCACUGAAUGCUUUGAAACACUUGAUUUGCUAAAACAUGUUUUUUCCAUGUCAGUGUGAUCCUCUGAUAAAAUAAGACUAUUGCAAGGCAUUGUGGGAAAGAAAGUCCAGAGCUGUGAGGAGUUGUAGUCUUUUCUCUAUUUAUAUCUUCACCCAGCACUGUACAGUUCAACACAGGCUUUUCAUUGAUUGUUAUUUUUUAAAUAAAGUUGUUUUUUUAUAUAUACA